AACAUCUUCGAGUUCCUGCAGAGCAACCCGAACAAGGUGGCUGGCAGUGCGCCCGCCUUCAUCCGUGCUCAUGAUGGCUGGGAGCUCUCGCGCGACCAGCUCUUCAGCGACGCCCGCAAGCUGGCGCACGUGCUGCGGCACAAGCUCAAGCUGCAGCCCGGCGCCCGCGUCGCCAUCUUCUCGCCCAACUCGACGAUGUAUCCGCGCAUCGUGCUUGCCGGCCUCUGUGCCGGCGUCGUGCUGGUGCCCAUGAACCCCGCCUACUCGGGCGAGGAGUUCACGCACCCGCUGCUCGACGCCGAGGUGCAGUACGUCUUUGCGCACCCCGCCGUCGCGCCCGUCGCGCGCAAGGGCAUCGCGCUCGCCAAGGUGUCGGAGACGUGCGGCGACCUGCCGCGGCUGUGGCUGCUCGACGAUGCAGACAAGUUCGUCGAGGGCGAGAACGGCGAGAAGGACCUGCGCACGCUCCUGAGCGACGAGAAGCUCGAGUCGGUCAAGGUGUCGAACCCCAAGGACACAGACGCGUUCAUCGUCUACUCCAGCGGCACGAGCGGCAAGCCAAAGGGUGUGCAGCUGACGCACAACAACAUGAUUUGCGUCACGUCCGCCGUCAGCCCUGGCCUCUGCGGCGACUUCACGCCAAAGGACCGGCACUUGGCUGUCCUGCCGAUGCAACACAUCUUCGCGCUCUGCAAGUUCAUCCACCACGCCGUCUGGUGGGGCGUCACCACGGUGGUCCUCCCCAAGUUCGACCUCGACGACUGGUGCGGAGCCGUUCAGAAGUACAAGGUCACCGUGGCGAUUGUCGUGCCGCCGCUGCUCGUGCUCAUCGCCAAGAGUCCCGUCGUCAACAAGUACGACCUCUCUUCGAUCAAGAUGUUCAUGUCUGGUGCCGCGCCCCUCAGCGCAGAGCUCGGCGACCAGGUCGAGAAGCGGCUCCCAGGCAAAGUAACGCAGGGCUACGGAUUAUCUGAGACGAGUCCGGUGGCUACGUACUGCCCAUACAAGCAAUAUCAGAAGGUGAAGGGGUCAUGCGGUCUCCUGCUGCCGGGCGUCGAGGCGCGUAUCGUCGACGCGGAGUCCGGCGAGGACUACGGUCACGUGCAAGGCAAGGACGGCCGCCCGGGCGAGCUGUGGCUGCGUGGACCUACUAUCAUGAAGGGGUACCUCAACCGCCCCGACGCCACGGCCGAGUGCAUCGACAAGGACGGCUGGUUCCACACGGGCGACGUUGCCAUCUGCCCCGACGGCAAGAACUUCUACAUCGUCGACCGUAUCAAGGAGCUCAUCAAGUACAAGGGCUUCCAGGUCGCGCCGGCUGAGCUCGAGGCUCUGCUGCUGGAGCACCCCGCGGUGGCAGACAGCGCCGUCAUCGGCGUGUACUCCGAGGAGCAGGCCUCAGAAAUGCCACGGGCAUACGUUGUGCCUGCCGAUGCGAGCAUCCUCAAGGACAAGGCAGCGUCGGAGAAGUUCUCCAAGGAGGUCAUCGACUGGGUCAAUGCCAAGGUGGCAAACCACAAGAAGCUGCGCGGCGGCUGCCGCGUCAUGGAGGCGAUCCCCAAGUCGCCCAGCGGCAAGAUCCUGCGGCGCGUGCUGCGCGACCAGGUCAAGGACGAG